AUGGCCGACGCACUCUGCGGACCCUCGAAUGCCCUGCAGAAUUUCCAAAAACACACCACCGUCGAUCGGACACUGCAGCAGGACCGACUGGGAUUCAGAUCAUCACCGGGGGCAAAUGCAGGAGCGUUGGAUUCCGAGUUCGAUGCCUUUCAGGCCGGUCGAUCGGGCCCGCCGCAAGAUUUCCAGCAAUUUGCUCCGCGCUUCGUACAGCCCCCUCCGCAGUUUGCGCAAGCCCCCCACGCCCCCGACUGGGCUGCUGACUUUCAGCGCCUGAAUAUUGCCAGUCAGCCUCCACAAGUGUUCCAGCAGCAAAGACCACAGGCGGCGAGCGCAGCGUCAGCAUGGCAUCAGGACUUUUUGAACCAGCAGACGCAGGCCGCGCCAGCUCCUGUGCUGCAGCAGAACACUUUUGGAGCUAUGCCGGCGUAUACUAUGGGCGGGUUCGGCGGGCAGGCAUACAUGCAGACACCGGGUUUCCAGAACGCCCAAAUGUCCGAAACAGCACUAGGCAAGCAGCGGGCAACAGACGCUGUACCGGCCUUUGAUGAGGCGGCUUUUGAACAAGCAUUUGCGCAGGCGCAACAAGACAUGAUGGAGGUUGCUAAGGCAGAACAAGCACACGCGCAACCAGCGCAAGAAGCACUGAACUUGGACCGGCCGGGUGAGAUGGAUCCUCUUCUACGACGGAUACGUGAAACGCGUCCAGCUGUAUACUCUGCCAUCCAAGUUUGGAGCGAGACAGGUCUUGGACGAACCGAAGAGGCAAUCGCAUACCUCGAAAACAUGAGCCAAAUGGAGAAGAAUGGCAACUUGGUGCAGGAUGCAAAUGAAGGAAAAUGGAUACUCGACUCCCUCCAGAGGAUUGUGAACCGCGAUGCUCCCCAGGAAGUCAAGACGCGCGCCUCGGAGCUCAUCAGUGCCAUCAACGAGCGCCUCAUGUCGCAGUACCCGUUUGGUUCACGUGUACCCAUGAGCGAAGAGCAGGUUUGGAAGGAUCUCGAGGCCGCGGGAUACACGAGGACUCUGGAGCCGCUGCAGCAACAGCCCGAGCAACACCAAAAACAGGAAGAACCCAAAUUAAACGAAGACGACGAAAUGGCAGCUACAGCCGGAAAACUGCUCGAGCGAGUCGCAGACAACACGAGCGAAAAGUUUCAAAAUUCGCAGUUUCUCAGCCUCAUGCGCCGUCUCCGAGACCGAGAAGUCAGAGUGCAAGAGGAUAAGAUUGUUGAAGUGGAUGGCAACAACAACUCCACUACUGCUACACCCGGCAACACGUAUCAACCCCAACAACCCCAUGCUCCUUCAACACAAAUCCCACAAAUCGACCCCACCAUCUUGGCCCAUGCAGCCACCGACUUUGAAACUCCAAUCUACUCGGAUGCCGGCGUCGACCCAGCUCAACAGCACCAUCAACCCCAGAUCAACAUAGAUACCACUACCACCACCUCGGCUGAACCCCAGCACAGCAACAUGCAACCCGCAGCACCAGUAAUACGUCCCCAAAUGCGCUUCAUCCCCCGCCACGAACAAGACGAGGAUCUAUGGCGCACUGCUUCGUCUUCGUCUUCGUCUUCGUCUUCUUCGUCGACGUCGACAUCUUGCCCUGGACCCGGUCGAGACCCGUUUUCAGGUCUGGUAAAGGGCCUGGGGAUUGUGCUGGAUGGGGUUGAUGGCGUGUUGUAG